CAGCUACAAGGGGUGUGCGAAAUCCAGCGAGUGUGACUCAGGAUCCUUCACCAUCACCAUGAACACUGAGAACUACAUGGGCUCCACGAGGCGCUGCUGCAAGAACGAUGGGUGCAACCAGGACCCGCUGCCCGCGUUUGUGAGAAACCACACAGAGAAUGGCCUUCGGUGUCCUUCCUGCAUUGCUGCCUUUAAGGAAACAUGCACUUCGACUCAUGAAGCAGUCUGCGUUGGUGAGGAAACCCACUGUGUCGCCGUGUCUGGCCUCGCACAGCCUGGUAUCAAAUUUGCUGCCCAGGGCUGUGGUACGGAGACCACCUGCCACAGCAAGCCUGGGACCCUGGUGCCCUCAGGCUCUCGUUUGUUGACCAUCAAGAAAACCAGCUGUCGUCCAAGCUCCCAGGUUUCUGGCAAGGCUGAGUGAAGAACUGAGGCCCAUGUGGUGUUUGGUCUCCAUUCAUUCUCAGCUGUGUUUCUAGAAAUUUCUACAGUUCCCAUGUAUCUAUAAAUUAAACAAGUUAACAGAGCAAUC